UGUGAUAACUGUGACCGUUGCUGGCCGUUACUCUGUAUCUGGGACAAAGAGAAGCUGCUCGAGAUUGAGGUUAAUGUUGAACCAAGUUAAGAUAAGACCUUGUCUAUUUGCAUUUGGUGCGCAGAACGACAUUCAUAUUUUGUGGUCAUUGAUUGAACAAUAAUAUUAUUAUUAUUUCAUCAUGAAGGUUGAACCAAGAUCUGUCACACCGUUUUUACAUUACCUCAGGAGUUUCUUUGCCGGGCGCGAAGCGAAAGAUUCAUUGAGGCAUCAUUUAUGGGAUUCGCAACCCCGGACACAACCACCUCCAAGUCUUCCUGAUGGUAUUAAUCAUAAACUUUCAAAAAACUACUACUAUUCUCGUGACGGACGUAGAGAAGCCAAACCAGACUUAGUAUUGAUUGAAAACUCCUCUAAAAAACUUAUUUCCAAACAGUCAGCGAAUGAAAGUCAAGGCAAACCAGCUGUGGCUCGCACUCCCGGAAAAGCGUACCCAUGGGAUACUCCAAUGCUAUAAAAUUUCUAGUCGUUUCCAGCUAUUCAUACCAGCGUAGAUUACAAUGCAGAAAACAGUUUGUUAAAUUAAAGUGAAUUCCAUUGC